CCCGUCCCCGUCCCGGCGCUGCGGGCCGGCAUGGCGGAGCCCCUGACGGGUGCGGGUAUCGGUGCCGCGGAGCUGCCGCUGCGGGCGCGGCUGAGCUUCGCGACCGGGCACUUCCUGAACGAUCUGUGCGCAUCGCUGUGGUUCACCUACCUGCUGCUCUACCUGCACGCCGUGCUGGGCUACGGGCACCGCCUUGCCGGUGCCCUGCUGCUGGCCGGGCAGGCGGCCGACGGGCUCUGCACGCCGCUCCUCGGUUACGAAGCCGACCGCUCCGCCGGUUGCGGCCGCUACGGGCGGAGAAAGUCCUGGCACCUGGCCGGCACCACCUGCGUCCUCGUGUCCUUCCCCUUCAUCUUCAACCCCUGCCUGGGUUGCAAGGACAACACGCCGCAGUGGGCAGCCUUCAUCUACUACCUCCCCUUCAUCAUCAUCUUCCAAUUCGGCUGGGCGGCCACGCAGAUCUCCCACCUGUCCCUCAUCCCUGAGCUGGUGACCAGUGACCAUGAGAAGGUGGAGCUCACAGCUUUCAGGUAUGCCUUUACCGUCAUGGCCAAUAUCACUGUGUAUGGCCUGGCCUGGCUCCUGCUGAACUUCCAGGUGGACCAGCCUGACCACACAGAGCACCUAGGCAUCCAGGAUGUCCCUAUAUUUCGGAACCUGUCCCUCAUUGUGGUGGGGCUGGGAGCUGUGUUCUCCCUCAUCUUCCACCUGGGCACCAAAGAGAAGCCGUACCCGCCGGGCUCGCUGCCCCAGCUGGAGGAGAGCACGCCCCUGCUGCAGAAGGAGCCUACGAGCCCCCCGCGCCCACUGCUGAUCUGGAAAGACUGGUUGCUGGAGCCUGCCUUCUACCAGGUCGCGGUGCUCUACAUGUCCACCCGGCUCAUCGUCAACCUGUCCCAGACCUACAUCGCCAUGUACCUGACCAACUCGCUGCUGCUGCCCAAGAAAUACAUCGCCACCAUCCCCCUGGUGAUGUACAUCAGCGGCUUCCUCUCCUCCUUCCUCAUGAAGCCUGUCAAUAAGUGGAUAGGCCGGAAUCUGACCUACUUCGUGGGCAUCCUGGUGAUCUUGGCCUUUGCCUCCUGGGUGACCCUGGCCAGGCAGAUGGGAGCGGAGAUCUACGGGGCGGCCGUGCUGCUUGGGGCCGGCUCCGCCACUAUCCUGGUCACCUCCCUCUCCAUGACAGCGGACCUCAUCGGCACCAACACGCACAGCGGCGCGUUCGUCUAUGGCGCCAUGAGCUUCACAGACAAGAUGGCCAACGGCCUGGCUGUGAUGGCGAUCCAGAACCUGCACCCGUGCCCGACUGAGCUCUGCUGCCCUGCCUGCGUCAGCUUCUACCACUGGGUGAUGGUGUUGGUCACCGGAGGCAUUGCCAUUGCCGCCAUCGCCUCUCUGUGCUGCAUCAUGGUCUGGCCCAUCCGUAUCCGCUACCAUGGCCCCGGCUGCAGGGAGGCAGCGGGAGCCCUGUCCCGGCGGGAGGUGCCCUGCCCGCAAGGGGACCCUCAUGAUGCUGUCUGCCUGCGGGGGCUGAGUGGAGCGGAGACCUCCUAUGGCGGGACAGACAGCAUGGAGGGAAGGAGCCGGAGUGGCACCGUCAACUGAGCAGGGCCCGUGUCCUCGGCCACCGUGGUGUCCAUGCUGCUGAGCUCUGCCUGGAGGGACCCCCGCAGCAGGGGACAGCAGUGGGAUGGGGCGCUGGGCUUGGGGGACUCUGCCCCCCGACCUGUCUUCCUGUCACCUUGCACUGGACUCGUGUGUCCCACACCCCCUCCCCGUGCCCUGCCUGGGGACUUGUGAAGGAUGUCACCCUGUGCUUGCACAAGUGUUAACACUAGAAGGCCCUGGGCCGGGCUGCGGAGGUCGGUCCCAGCACGGGGGACGGGUGCCCGGCCCUCGGUUUUAACCUGCUUUUGUAAGGUCAGUAUGUACAAACGGCACUUUUUAAAGGAGGAGAAAAAGGAGAGAAAACAAACAAAACCCAAACACAACAAAGCACCUCUAACCAUGGA